CAUUGGUGAGCAGGGCAAUACACCCCGUGACAUGCACCCUAUUUUUACACACUGUUUUAUAACCUUCAAUCACUUUUGUCCCAACCCAUCUUACCAAAUCAUGCGACUUUUUUCCCACUUCCGUAUAUAAACUCACCAGGGGAUGCAAGAAUCUUCACAUUCAUAGCUCAAUCAAACUCAUUGUUUAGUAUUUAGGGGCCCAAGAAAUCCAAAAUGGGUUAUCAAGUCAGAGUGGUUCUAGCCCUUCUUCUUCAAGCAUCUUGGCUGCUGUUCCUGCAACAAGCAAACGCAGCAGGAACCAACAAAAAAGGGGCGUUGAAAGGAAGAAAGCAAGCCAAUGGGUGCAAUUUGUUCCAGGGAAAAUGGGUUAUUGACCCUUCUUUCCCUCUCUACAACUCUUCUGGUUGUCCUUUCAUAGACGCCGAGUUCAAUUGCCAAAAAUAUGGCAGACCCGACUCUGUUUACCUCAAAUACUCUUGGCGUCCCGACUCCUGUAGCCUUUCAAGAUUUGAUGGGGUGGAUCUUCUGAAGAGAUGGAAUGGGAAGAAGAUAAUGUUUGUGGGCGACUCACUGAGUUUGAACAUGUGGGAAUCGUUGUCUUGUAUGCUACAUGCGUCGGUGCCGAAUGUCAAAACUACCUUCACCAGGAGGGACUCUGUCUCCUCUGUCGUCUUCCAGGAUUAUGGAGUAACAUUACUUCUAUAUCGGACGCCGUACCUAGUGGACAUAGUGCGAGAGGAUGUUGGGCGAGUGCUAAAACUAGAUUCCAUCGAGGCUGGAAAAGCAUGGCUAGGAAUGGACGUCUUGAUUUUCAACUCCUGGCAUUGGUGGCUCCACACAGGAAAAUCUCAACCGUGGGAUUUCAUACAGAAUGGCACGACACGGUUGAAAGACAUGGACCGGUUGACAGCAUUUUUCACAGGAUUGACGACAUGGGCCACAUGGGUCGACCACAAUGUCGACCCUACAAAAACAAAAGUGUUCUUCCAGGGAAUUUCGCCUACCCACUAUUUGGGGAAGGAAUGGAAUCAGCCCAAAAAGAACUGCGUUGGACAGAGUGAGCCAUUAACCGGAUCAACGUAUCCAGCCGGCGCACCACCGGCUGCAGAUGUUGUAAAUAGAGUGUUGAGUAAGAUAAAAGUACCUGUUUACUUGCUGGACAUCACAACGCUCUCUCAGCUGAGGAAAGAUGCCCAUCCGGCUGGUUAUAGUGGUGAGCAUGCAGGCACAGACUGCAGCCAUUGGUGCCUUCCUGGAUUGCCAGAUACAUGGAACCAGCUCAUGUAUGCUGCUAUCCUAACCAUGUGAAGAUCAAUAAGGUUAAUAUUAUGAGAUCUCCGCCAAGAAUUUGGAGACAACUCUAAUAAGGAACAGGUAACAAAAGUAUAGUAUUCAUAAGACUGGUAAAGAGAAUAGGAGCAGAAUGGAUAAGAUACUGUAAAAGGGGAUGAAAUCUUACAGGACUAGGAAUGAACUUCUGGUUUGUUCAGUUUAUCUUGUAUUCUUGUACCAUUGAGCUUUACACCUGAGUUUUCUAAUCUUUUCACAGUGAUGAAACUUGUCAAUGUAAUGGUUUUCUUAAAUUUAUCACAGAAAUCAGCUGUCUCGUUUGGAUUA